AUGGCUGAGCACAACGAGAUCGAGAUGGCUGAGCACCACGUCGAGAUGGUUGAUCACAGUAAGAUCAUCGAGAACAAAGCGAUCCCAAUGCAGAUUCUUAGAGCUGCAACAAACAACUUUGGAGUUGAGAAUUUACUCGGAGAAGGUGGGUUUGGAUGCACACAUCAAGAUGGAAGGGAGAUUGCUGUCAAGAAGAUAAACCAAUCGACUAUUGCUGGUAAAGGCCUCAAAGAAUUCAAAUCCGAGGUCACUGUUCUAACCAGGGUUCAUCACCGCAAAUUAGUGUGUCUUUAUGGGUAUUCUAUUGAAGGAAACGAUAGGCUAUUAGUCUAUCAGUACAUUCCCCAAGGUACAUUGAGCAAACAUCUUUUUCACUGGGGUGACCACAGUUUGAGACCACUAGACUGGAUUACACACCUUAGUAUUGCGUUGGAUGUUGCUCGAGCAGUAGAGUAUCUCCAUAUGCUGUCUCUUCAGAGCCAAAGCUACAUUCACAGGGACUUGAAACCGCCAAACAUUCUUCUCGGGGAUGAUUUACGAGCCAAAGCAUCUGACUUUGGAUUAGUGACUACUACAGAAGAAGACAUGGAAUUAGUCAAGACCAAGUGUCGUGGGACACCCGAUUACAUGGCAUCCGAAUAUUUGGACGGAAGGGUUACGAGAAAGAUCGACAGUUUCGGAGUCAUCCUCAGUGAGCUCAUAACCGGCAAGAAAGGUACAGACCAUAGCCGAGCUGAAGACGAUAUCUACAUCACAACAUGGUUCAGGAAGAUGCUUCGUGAAGACGAUACUUUCUUGGAAACUAUUGACGGAAACAUUAUCGCCAACUAA